AAUGAGGGGGCAGAGUUCCAACAACAGUUCCCUCCCCUUGCCGGGUGUACGAGGCUCCUCUCUGCUCCCGGCGUGGGGCUGGCGAGCAGGGUCGGGCUCUGGGCGUGCAAGCACCGGCCCCUAAGGCAUCUCGGAGCGGGCUCUCUGCGUGUGCGUGCAGGUGCACAGCCGCCUGCACACUCACGCACACGCGCGCACCCCCGCGCAGGGGCCUGCCGGUCUCCUGCUCUGCGGACCCCGCGGGUCCCUGCAGCCCCCUGAGCUCCGGGAAUAGAGCGACGAGCCCACAGCCCCUUCUCUUCCCGGGGGCGGUACCGCUGGGCUCGGGCAAUCCACCAUGUCCGGUCUCCUCGGUUCCUAGUGGAAGGGGACCGGGACGCGCCGGGGGCGCCCGGGGCGCAGAAGGAGCGGGCGAUAAUAGUUGGAGAAACAGCUGUGUUUUGCCUACAACUUGCCACAAGAGAUUUUGAAAAUCAGGAAAAAACUAUUUUAACUGGAGACUGUUGCUAUAUAAACCCACUGGUGCGCCGAACUGUCCGAUUUCUUGGAAUUUAUACGUUUGGACUGUUCGCUACAGAUAUCUUUGUAAAUGCAGGACAAGUCGUUACAGGAAAUCUGGCUCCACACUUCCUCGCCCUGUGUAAGCCCAACUACACAGCGCUUGGGUGUCAGCAGUACACGCAGUUCAUCAGUGGGGAGGAGGCUUGCACGGGAAAUCCAGAUCUGAUCAUGAGGGCGAGGAAAACCUUCCCGUCCAAAGAAGCGGCCCUCAGUGUGUAUGCAGCCAUGUAUCUGACAAUGUACAUUACCAACACAAUCAAAGCCAAAGGAACCAGACUUGCUAAGCCAGUACUAUGCUUGGGAUUAAUGUGUUUAGCCUUUCUUACCGGACUCAACAGAGUAGCAGAAUAUCGAAAUCAUUGGUCAGAUGUGAUAGCAGGCUUUCUGGUUGGCAUAUCUAUAGCAGUGUUUCUGGUCGUGUGUGUGGUAAAUAAUUUCAAAGGAAGACAGCCAGAAAAUGAACACGUACACAUGGAUAAUCUAGCCCAGAUGCCGAUGAUCAGCAUUCCUCGAGUAGAAAGUCCUUUGGAAAAGAACCACAUCACCGCCUUUGCAGAAGUCACAUGAUAUUGAAGCAGAUGGUUUUUCCCUGCAUUGGACAUCUUCUCUUUUUACCAUCCACUCAUAACACCCAAAGUUUGUUUGAUUUUAAAAGGUGUUUAUAAAGUUGUCUAAUAAUUUUUAUAAUUUUAAAAUUAAUGUCAAUGUAUCUGUUUCCCCCACUAGACUGUGAGCUCCUCGAGGGCAGGACUGUGUCUUUCUUUUCUGUAUCCCCAGCACCUACAACAAAACCUAGCACAAAGUAGGUGUUCAAUAAAAUGAGAUAAUCAGAUGAACAAAUUAAUUCUUAAAUAAAAUGUUCACUUGAGUUUUUCAAAAAUUGCUGAAACUAUAUAAAAAGAAACCUUGACAUGAGUCAUACUUUUAUUAGAAAAACUACUAUUUUGGGCUAAACUUUUUAAUUUUUCAUAUUAUCUGUUCAGUAGCAUAUCAUAUUUAAUUUGAAGUGGACCAUGGAAGUCAGGGGGAUUUUUAUUUUAUUAUUCAGCAUGACAUUGUUCCCAUUCUAACAGAUUUCAGUACGUGGAAUUACUUUGAAAAACUAUGUCCUAUACUACUAAAAUAAUGUUUGCACAUUAUAUUAUGCUAUAUGUCACUUAAAAUACCAUUCAUACUAUACAUUCUAAGACUGGUGCUUCUGCUUUUGAAGGGGAAAAUGCCAAUUUUUACUGUAAUAAGUAAUGUAUCAUAAUUAAAAAUUAUUUAUUUGGAGUUUUUCUCCUGACAGGUGUGGUUUAAUUGUUGAUUUGUAGUUUUGAAUGCUGGCAGUACUUACGGUCAAUUAAAUGAGUAAAGCUAGCCAAUUAUGGAAUAAUUUUCCAUUGACAACAGUGUCUCAAGCGUGGUGAGUAGGCCCCAUUCUUAGACAUUUUUUACUGGAUCAGAUUUUGCAUUAUUUAAAUGGGAAAGACACACGACACACAAGUUCAAUUAGAUAACUGCUAGAUAUAUAAUUAAUACACUUGACUUUGCAUCUGUGUAGAACUAUAUGGUCUGACAUGCAUUUGCUUUACGGUUUCCCGUAAUCCUCACAAAGGCCCCAUGUACAUAUUACGAGUCUGACUUUAUUUCACAGAUGAGAAAAAUGAAGCCAAGAUGAGGGAACAAUACGCCUGAUCCUUCACAACUAGUAAAAGGCAGAGUUAAAACCAAAUUUAGAUUUUAUGUCCCCAAACUUACAGUCUUUUCCAAAGUGCGAAUUUUGGAGACCAAGGCUUUUGAGAGGUCAUUAAGUCCUGGGCAACUACCUACAUUUCAACAAAUGCAGAAAUACCAAAAUAAGGUCACAAAAACUGAUAUAUUUUAAAUGCUUACUUUUUAAGGAUGCACACUUUUUAAAUAUACAAUGACAUAGUAACCUAUUUAUAAUCUUUUUUGUAAAUAAGGGGGGCUGGGUGGAGACUUCAUAAAAGCGAAGCCUAAGUCAAAUGUUUUUCCUUCCGCCCUCACCGCCAGACCCCAGGCCCUCUUCAGAAGACCCGAGGGCUGUGAUUUACCGUGACCAUGUGGAGUUAAGUGUGAAAGUCACCAUAAAAAGGAAUCUGGUGAGCUCCUCAACAUUCUCCUCGCCAACUCUAAAGCUAACCUGAGUAACUUUGGUUUAUACAGCAAUCAAUUGAAGCACAUUUUUCUAACCUUAAAAGAAAGGAAACUUUUUAUUCACUAUGUAAUUUCAGUAGAAAUCAGUGUGUAUAUAUAUAUAUAUAUAUAUAUAUAUAUAUAUAUAACCAAAAUUUAUUCAUUACUUCCAAAAUGGAUGCUACUGGCCCAUUUCCUAUGCUAGGACUUAAAAUAUUUACUAGGCCACAAUAAAGUAAAUCCAUAUGUCUUACCAAUUUCAAAUCUCUGUAGCAAUUCAAUUCUGUUGGAAAUUUACAAUAUGAAAAGCCUUUGACUGCUUUGUCUCUCUUUAAAGACUAAAGUUUUAAGCAAUGGCAGCAAUGGGGAAUUUGGUUAUUGGCAGUGGCCCUGAUGGGGAUGAUCAUAAUGCUUUAAGAGGGUGAAUCACCAGUAAGGCUUCUAGAGUUUGAUCCGUUCUAUUGGUUCUACAUCAACUUUCUAAGGCUCCAAGCACAAAUAUUUUCCUGUUGGAAGCCUUGGUUAUAAAUUAGUUGUCAGUGUUGUAUCUUUGUACCUUGCUAAACCUGGUUUGAAUACAGGAGUUGUAAAUUCUUCAAAAAGAUUUUACCCAGAUUUAACCUAGACCAGAAUAAGAUCACUUCUAAUACUUCUAAACAUCAUGGAUCCAAGAUUAUUCAGUGAAUGAUUCUGUCAUAAAGAAAACCAGGAAAAAAAGAAAUAUACAUGUAAGGCCAAAGCUAGCCAAAAAACAAAAAAAUAAAUACACAAACUCUUUAACCAUGAUUCUAUUACUGAGAAUAAUGAAAAAUACAUUUAAUAAAUUAUAUCUUUCUGAUAAAGAUAUAAACAUCUUUCUGAUGAAGACAUAUCCUUUUUAUUCUACUUACUUAGGGCCCAGGUUAGUAUAAAUUGGUCAACCUGAAAAAUUUCAGUAGUCUCUCUUUGCAUGGCAGGAAUUCUGCACAUGUUUUGUCUGAUUCCUAAGAUAACUUAAAAGGCUCUUUUAUGUUAAAAGAGAGGUGAAGCUUCUGUGACAGACUUCAUCCUUUCCCCUCCUAACUGGGCCUCUCUUCUCAGGAUAUAGCUAGCCGAGUAUCUCAGUUACCUUUAUCAUAGAGUUUCCUUUGUGAAAGAGCAGUAGGGAGGGAAAUAAUUCUCUGCUGUGGAUUGUAUUUUUCAGAUAAAAUUUUAAAAAUUAAAAUAGAAAUGAUUUUUUUCCUUUAUGUGUUGGUCUGUAUUGGGGAUGGAGGAAUAAAGGAUGUUUUUUU